AUGAGCGCCCAGGCAUAUUACGAGCUUUAUCGUGGGAGCAGUCUCGGCUUGUCCCUGACCGAUACUCUCGAUGAUUUGAUCAAUGAAGGCCGCAUCGAGCCACAGCUCGCCAUGAAGAUCCUUUCAACGUUUGACAAGGUCAUCACAGAAGUGCUCGCAGAUAAAGUUCGCACUCGGCUUACUUUCAAGGGUCACCUCGAUACAUACCGUUUCUGCGAUGAAGUGUGGACUUUCCUCAUCAAGGAUGUGACUUUCAAGCUUGAUAACCAGACAACUGUGAGUGCGGAUCGGGUGAAGAUUGUCAGCUGCAACAGCAAGCGGCCUGGGGAAGCAUAGAGUGCGUUUAAUGAUCGGAACAAUCAUGGGCGUUUUCGUUUCUUUCCUUUUACCUUCGUUCAUUUUGGCCUGGCUUAUUGCGGACACUUUCAUGUCGGGUUUGUUGGCGAAUCAAGGCGUUUGGGGACAUCUUCAUGGCAUUAUUUUGUGUUGUACCAUAUCCAUUCUUUUGCAAGAGACAGACUGAGACAGAUACCCCCAAAUAAAUAACUAGAUCUG